AUGGAACAUGACCCAUUCCAGCGGGCUCAGGCACUGUUGUAUGACAUUAAGAAGGUGAAUCCAAAGAGGACCAUAGAUGUAGGGUCAUUCCAAGUAAACCCUGACGGGACACAAGAGAGGAGUAAGGUUCCUUUAGCUGAGUCAGAGAGCAACUUAACAGAGUUGCUAGAUUCUGGAAACAGGAAUUGCCUCUUAAUAUGCACCCUGACUUCUUACAAGUGGGAAAGUAUCGUAGAGGAGUAUGAAGAUGAAAUAUUCUCACUUAUCGCCCAAGAGGCAGACUAUCUAGCUGACAAGCUGUGCAGUGAAAAAUCAGGUUCGAAAGAGGGACAGAUGAAGAUCUAUCUACCUACAGCCCUUUCCCUAAAACUGCUUCUCCUCAGCGGGGAUUUUGUCACCCUAUUGCAUUCUGCACAGAACUGCUGCACUGUGGAGAGUUUUAGAAGUCCUGGGGGAGAGCCUUGGAGUAUCACACAGAAAAUAAGAGAGCUGCUCUCUCCUUAGUGUGAGCCAGAGUCUGGGACACCAGAUGAGAUGCACUGUAGACACAAGCAGUUACCCACCUCCCACUGACUUUGGAAAGUCUCCAUGGUGGGAGAUGUUCCUCCAUCCUUCAGCCCAAUCUGCUCAUUUUAUCUAUUUUCUUUCUUCAAAUAAUAAAGAUAGAGCUCAUGUUUGGUAUUAUAUA